AUGAAUAACACUACGGAAUCGUUGGCAGUUGGAAGUGAAAAUGACGUUCAGUCAAGGAAAUUAAGAGUAACACGCACUUUCAUUUUGAUUACGUUAGCGUCAACUACCUACUUGGGAAAUACGCUAAUCCUCGUUAGUCUGAAGAAGUUUUCAAAGUAUUUGAAAGGGACCCCAUUCAUUUUGAUGGGAAAUCUGGCCGUAGCAGAUCUUCUAUUGGCUAUAGGGCUUUCACUUGAAGUUUUAGGAACUAUAUUUUUGUCGCUUGAAAUAAACACGUUUUUCUGUGUGGUUAAAGUGAUUGUGACAGGUGUAUCACUUGGUACAUCAGGAAAACUUCUUAUCUUUAUAUCUUUUGACAGAUUUUGUGCAAUAAUGUUUCCAAUGAAACACCUUACUCAUUCACAAAAGUCAAGAUGUAGAACAAUACAUAUAGCAAUCGUAUGGAUUAUAUCAGUAUUGUUUGUCUUGAUACCUGCAUUUGUAAAUUUGAGAUCAUCUAAGGUUUUAGAAGAUUGCAACUUUGGUAAAAUGAUACCUGACGGUAUGG